AUGGACGCCGUUCGCACAAUGCUGGGGUGCAUGACCCGCCGACGGGGAGAGCAGAAUGGGUAUACGGAGCUUCUGUACGACGACAAGAUGGGGGCCAUGUACUCGGACCAUGAGCCGUAUGCGCAGCACGACGCCAUGACCUACAGCUACCAAGGCGGCGACUGCGACCACUACGAUGAGAAGGUCGAGGAAAUCGCCCAGGAUGUGGCCCGGCUCCUGUGGGAGGCAGAGUGGAACGAUGACGCGCUGCAGAGCCGCAUUUCGGAGGCGGUCGGCGACCAGCGGUGGACUCGCAAGAUGGUGGAGGAGUGCCUGGACAACGUGAUCGAGUACGUGGAGCGGGGGCGGUUCGAGAUGGGGGCGGCCAUGUGCGCGGCGCUGGACAAGGCAACGGACACGGCGGACGAGGAGUUUGCCUUCCCGCGGCGGCACCCGCAGUCGCUGGACGGGUUCAUCGCCAUCGUGUCGGUCGGCGUGCUCGCGGAGAUGCAGGGCGCCUGGGUGUUGGAGCUGCUUGGGUUUGGUGAAGUACAGGGCAAAGAGGAGCUCAACGGGGCGGGCGAGAUCGCGAUGCUCACCUCGGACAAGAUUGUCUUCUCUCCUGAGCCUAAGCCAAGCUCGUUUGCGGCCUGGUGGUCGCGGGAGUAUGACGCCUACAUUCCUCACCACUCCAUUUACUCGUACUUGAUCAAUAUGGACAUGGUCGAGGUUGACGUCUGA